AUGGCAGACUGGUCCGGACUGCCAUUAGAUAUUCUUUUGUCCAUCGCGAAACGACUUUCUUUCGAAGACUUGGUCGCUUUCGGCGCAGUCUGUACUUCGUGGAGACCGGCGGCGACGAAAGAGAAUUUCGACUAUUCACGGCAACAAAUUCCGUGGCUCAUGCUUUUCUCAAGCGACGUAAAACCUCUCGCCAAAUUUCACAGCCUCUCGAGCGAGAAAACAUUUGAUCAGCUUCCACAUCCUCGUGAAGUUUACAACCAAAAGUUAAUAUAUUCUUCCUCCGGAUGGAUAAUGUCCAUAGACGACUCACCACGUGAAGGCGCGAUGAGCCUUUUUCACCCUCUGUCGCAGGCUCAGAUCAGACUUCCGAGACAAUCUUUCGUCUACGUUAAUAGGUUUGCGCUGUCGGCGAGCCCAUCUGAGACUAAUUCGGACUAUAUAGUCAUUGUUAUCUUCCAUCAAUGGCUUAAAGUAGCUGGUCAUUUGGCGCUUUGGAAACCGGGAAACUCUUCGUGGACGCUUAUGACGGAUGAGUCUAUUCUCGUAUCCGACGUAGCUUAUCAUAAGGGCCGAUUCUACGCGGUGGAUACUCGGAGUAGAGUUCUGGUCUUGAAUAUUGAUCAAGAUGAUUUCAAUACUGUAGUAGUCAAGGAGGUCAUGUUUUUGAUCAAACCAGUUUGCGAGACAUGCCUAGUGGAAUCGAAAGAAUCUCUUUUGAUCGUGCGAGACUUGACAGGCCACGUACGCGUCAGCGCUCGGUGUCGCGAAACGAUUGGAUUCGAAGUUUACGAGGUGAAUAUCGGAGAUGGAACGUUUGUAAAAGUGAAGAACUUGGGAGAUAGAGCUUUGUUUUUGGGUUAUCAAUCUUCUUCCUUUUGUGUCAAGGCCUCAGACUUUGAAGGAUGUAGGGCUAAUUGCAUUUACUUCAUAGAUGGUGUGACCAGAAAGUGCAACAUUUAUACCUCUACAAAUGCAGACGACGGUAAUUUUGAAUCGAAAUAUGAAGGGAUCAGCCAAUUUCAAUGCUUCGGAGAUGAAUGUAGAAAUAUUUAUCCUCCUACACUUUUGUGGCUUCAGCCAACUUUUUGA